UAGCUUUCCAUACUGCAAUGCUUCAUAUGUUAUCCUACAUUUGAGUGAAAAGAACCAAAAUCUAGCUGCCAGCAAUCUAAUUUGAAAGAUUUUGAGAACAAUAUGCCCUCAGUGUUCGUGCAGGUGGCUCGAUACAACUCAUAAUGUAGUCAAGAGGGCAAUUGGAUAACGUGGAUGAUGAUCCCGUUGUCCACGAGAGCCACGUAUUCAAAUCCACGCUGGAAAGUUUCCUCUCAUAAAUGUACACGUCAAACCCAUAAAGUGUUAAAAGGGAUAAAAGCAAGAAAGAACAUGACCAAAUAAACAGAAAAACAGCUCAGAGCUCAGUCUGCCUCCGAGCUUUUUAAUUCCCGGGACAAUGGAGAGAGCAAGAGGGCUCAGCAGAAUGGAGGUUUCAAAGUUUUGGAGGCCGUAGUUUUUGUGAAGUAGAGAAAAUGAAGAAAUUAUGUGAGUUCUGCUCGGCACUAAGGCCAGUUGUGUACUGUAAAGCUGAUGCAGCACAUCUUUGCCUUUCCUGCGAUGCAAAGGUCCACUCAGCAAACACCCUUUUUAACCGGCAUCUGCGUACUAUCUUAUGCGAUUCAUGCAAAUACCACCCUGCUUAUGUUCAGUGUUUGGAUCACAAGAUGUUUAUGUGCCAUGACUGUGACCGUACCCUGCAUAUUGCUUCCCAGCAUCAGAAAAGGGCAAUUAGCAGUUACACAGGUUGCCCAUCUGCUAAGGACUUUGCAGCAUUUUGGGGUUUUGAACUGAACGAGCUAGACAAUAGUGCACAUCUGGAUGGAACUCUCUCCACUUCUUGUGGCUCUUCCUGUGACUCAAGUGCAGUAAACUUAGAUAGUUGUGAACAGUUUUGCUCUCAAGUUGAAGGCUUUCCAGCAGCAAAUUCUCCCACCCUGGCUCCAGCUCCAGGUGUAGGAUCUGAAGUGGGUUCAAGCAGUCAACAAUACAAGAUAUCUCAUGAAGGUCAAGAGCAUAAAAGCACUUGUUUUAUUCUGCACCAGAUUCUUGACUUAAAAAGGCUUCAGCUCACUGAAGGGAGCAGCCCUUCGCUUCUGAUACGUGGCAAAGAACAAAGUGACUUAUCUUCUUCAGUACAUCACACAUCAAAGGGGUUCAAUGAUAAUCUUGAUCAGAGUUUACAACAUUCCGAGAUUACUAGAUUUAGGCAAAGGGACAGUCUACUUCACGAUCUGAAAGUUGAUAAUUUGCCAUUUCCAUUUUCUCAACUGGAGCACAUGCCACCAUCUUCAACUGCUGGACUUCCGUUGGAUACAGAAUCGUUUUGGCAGUGCAGAAGUCCGGUUGAAAGUUGUCAGCUGUGGGCUCAAAAUAUGCAAGACAUUGGGGUUUGUGAAGAACUUGUUUGUCAUGAUGAUUUUAAUAUGCCUGAUGUUGAUAUGACAUUCCAAAACUUCGAAGAACUAUUUGGAGGUGAUCAAGAUCCAACCAGAGCACUGCUUGAUGAUAAAGAUGUAUCUUACUCCUCAGUGUUGAAGUAUAUAUCCCUUGACAAGUCAGAUAAUGGCCAUGCAAGAGCAAGGAUGGAGCAUGAUGCGUCAGAGGUUUCGUCUAUUUUCUUUAACAAAGUUCAAAACCUUGAAGGAAGCAUGGAUUAUUGCCCAUGUCCUAUUCAACCAUCUUCUUCAACUUUGUCAUUCUGUAUGUCAAGGUUCAGUGCCGAAAGCAGCAGUACCGAUUGUCAUGAAAGCCGGCUUUCACCCUAUAUUGCCACAGGGGAGACUUCAAGAAAUUCACCUCAUGACCAAGAGGGUGGGCGCUUUGAAGCCAGAGCAAAUGCCAUGACGAGGUACAAAGAGAAGAAGCAUUCCCGACUAGAACAUGGAAUUUUUUGUUUUCAGGCUUGUGAGAAAAAAUCGAUAUCCAUUUAGGAAAGGUACAGCUGAUAACGUAAGCGGGAAAAAGGAAGAGUUGUGAAGAAGAGAGAAGAUUAUGACUCUGACACUGUAAAUGUGACAAGAGCUAUUAAACUUCUGACCACAAUAAGUUAUUGAACUCUUGCAUGCAUCUUUGUCUUGUACAUACACCAUGGUACCAAUGAGAUUCUUGGUUUGGGUCCUAUAAUCGGACCAAUUUAUCCGUUCAACUAUACUCACAAGCACA